CUUUGCUCGCCAUUUUCCGUCUUGUGAAGCAGAAUCAGUCUAUUCUAGUGUCACCGCGUCAUUCAGCACAUUAACCAGAGCAGCAGACCACCUGAGCUCCUCAUAAAGAGUCUUAAACCGGUUCUCCUCUGUCUGCUGGACCUCCACCACCAUGAACAUCUUCAGGCUGACCGGAGACCUGUCCCACCUUGCAGCCAUCAUCAUCCUGCUGCUCAAAAUAUGGAAAACCAGGUCCUGUGCCGGUAUUUCUGGGAAGAGUCAGGUCCUGUUUGCGUUGGUGUUCACUACCCGCUACCUGGACCUGCUCACCUCCUUCAUCUCCCUCUACAACACCACCAUGAAGAUCAUCUACAUCGGCUGUGCGUACGCCACCGUCUACCUGAUCUGCGUCAAGUUCAAGGCAACUUAUGACGGAAACCACGACACGUUCAGGGUGGAGUUCCUGGUCGUCCCUGUCGGAGGCCUGGCGUUCCUGGUUAACCAUGACUUCUCUCCCCUGGAGAUCCUGUGGACGUUCUCCAUCUACCUGGAGUCGGUGGCCAUCCUGCCGCAGCUCUUCAUGAUCAGUAAGACGGGCGAGGCGGAGACCAUCACCACCCACUACCUGUUCUUCCUGGGCCUCUACAGAGCCCUCUACCUCAUCAACUGGAUAUGGAGGUUCUACUUCGAGGGGUUCUUUGACAUGAUCGCCAUCGUUGCUGGGGUGGUGCAGACCAUCCUCUACUGCGACUUCUUCUAUUUGUAUGUAACAAAAGUGCUGAAAGGAAAGAAGCUGAGUCUGCCAGCUUAAGUGCCAAAGAGGAGCGUUGUGGCAGACUCAAAGAGGAGGACUGGAGGGGAGGAGGAGCGGCAGUGGACACCUCUGAAACCCUUCAUCCCACCCUCCACCACCUCCUCCUCCUCCUCCUCCUCCUCCUCCUCCCCUCCCGCCCGUGUAAGAUGCCUGAGACAGAGAGCGAAUGGGAGCCGCUGGCUGCACCUCCUCCUGAUCCCCGAGUCAGCAGGAGUCACUACACCUUGCAGACGCUGCUCCUCCGCCUUCGGAUUUCUGUUUGACGCAUCUUGCCUUAACUUUUUUUAUUACUCUGUAUAAAGGAAGGGAAAAAAAAACACGAGUUUUCUACAGGAAAAAAAAUGUGUACUCUGAAGAUUUGACACAUUGGUGAAUAAGAGCAGAAGAUGUAAAAUUGCCUUUGAUUUGGCAUUGUAUGAUAAUGAAGCGGACUUCUUGUGGUGGGAUAUUAUUGACUCAAGCGUUUGUAAUAGUAUUUGCAAUCGAAAUAAAUGUGCAUUGUUUUUUUUUUUUUCCUCAAUCGAUUUGGAGAGGAAUUUGUUGAAUCCUCAUAACUUUGGUGGUCAUUAUUCAUGUUUUUGCUCUUCUAUUUUUUGACCACUAUGCAUUCCCGUGUCUAAAGACUAUCUAUUUUAGUUUCCCUUGGUAGAAAAAAUGGUAUAAAUUGAAUAUUGAUGCCAUAAUUUAACAUUCUCUUUUUUUUUUUUUUUGUGCAAAUGCCUUCAAAAUUGACUGGUAAGAGUUGCUUUUGUGAAUGGAAGUAAAGGGUUAAAACAGGACACAGAUGAACUCACCAUUGUAUAUGACUUUCUUCAUUUUAAUAGGACAAUAUAUAUCACCUGUAAGAAUACAUUAUUGUCUCCAUUAUGGCUCCAUUAAAUGUUUGAGAUGAGUGAAUUCACUGGUUUUACAGAAGGAAGUCUUUUGGGUUUUUCUUUGAAGUGAAGAUGUAUUUGUUUUAUCGUCUUCCUGGUUUCCAAUAAACAGUUUGUAGUUGUGGAUACUUUUAACAGUAGAAUGAAAUAAAUCUCCCCGUGGCAGGUGAGCACAAUCCUCCCGACGCUGUUACAGAUAAUCAGAAAUAGUUCUGAAGACAUAUCUGCUUCUCUUUCAGUUUUCAUGCAUCAUUCCAAGUUUCCUUUUCGUUUUUUUUCCAGAGCUUUUGCAUGAUGUUGCCACCACAAAUAAAGAUUUUAUGGGAAACAUC